AUGCCACCAAGUCUUAUCGUGAAGCUGAAAAGUGAGCAUUUCCAGCACCCAUUUAGGCAGACCUCGAUACCUGGCAAAGGACAGGGGUUGGUCGCUUCAAGAGAUAUAGCUCGAGGCAGCCGCGUCCUAUCUGAAGCGCCACUACUUUCCGUGCCUAGUGGCGCAGUCAAAUCCUGCGACAUCGUCGAUGCUUACAUGAAACUAGACCAAUUUGGACGAGCAGCGUUUCUCGCAUUAUGCCGUGCUCCGAAUGCAGACCUCGGAGAGAUUUCACCUAAGUUUAGUCCUGAGAUGAAGCAUGUUCUUUUUGUAUACGCUACGAACGAGCGCGGUCGACGCAUUUUCUCACAAGGCAGUCGCAUCAACCACUCCUGUGUUCCGAACCUUGAGCAUGCUUGGAACGCAAAUAUUGGUCAGGGAACCUUCCAGGCGAUCAAAGAUAUCCGAAAAGAAGAUGAGCUCACGAUCUCAUAUAUUCAAGGCGCAAACUGGACGAAAGAGAAACGACAGCGUACUUUAAAGCUGUGGGGUUUCACUUGUUCCUGUUCUCUCUGCCAGGACUCGAUCGACGCUCGGAUAUCCGAACGCAUACUCGUAGAACGUCAAACAAAGCUUCAAUAUCUCCUUAUUGGGCACAGAAAAUCUUCUGCUGACUGGAAACAGUGCGUGGAAAUCUGUACCACCACAGCUAGCUCACAGACGGUACAAGGUACCCCAACAAGGGAGAGGUCAUUAUCAUUUCUCAAUGCAGCAAAGUACAGCUGGCGCCUUGGAAGAUGGGACCACGCCGAAUACUAUAUCAAAUCGGCGCUUCAACAUGAGAAGAUCUGCAUAGGCACAGACCACCCGGACUACAUCUACGGUCAACGUAUCCUCAUCCUGCUAAAGACCGCCAUUGCAGAACAAGAUGCGUACAAAUCGGCCAAGGAAUUGCGCAACUCGGAUGAUCUCCGGGAACUAGCCGAAAGGUGGGAUCAGUAUGCAAAAUGGCAGUUAAAUCCGCAGACAAAGCAGAAAAUGCGUGAGCCCGAGCAUGACUGGCGACUGCAUAAUCCGAGAAAGGCCAUGUGGUGGGCCCUUGUGGACCUGAACCGAGAGAAGCGGGAACAUGAAGAUCCUCAGCAUGUUGCUAUCUAA